ACUUCCGUAAAUCUUUGGCGGGAGAUGCAAGUAUCCAGGAAGUGCUUGGCUUGUUUUGUAACCUUGAUUCAUAAACGAAGCUGUAUCAGAAGAGCCGAGAAAUAAAUAAGAACUCUUAUAAGAAUGGAUGACGAUGUAAUCAUGCAGACAACAGACUGGAAAAACACCAAGGAGGCGGUUGCGAACUUUCGACGACUUCUACUUUGCUCCAAAUGCUCGAAUUUAAUGAAGGACCCUGUAUGUCUAGGAAUGUGUGAGCAUAUGCUGUGCAGGUCCUGUGCAGGACCCCAAGCAGGCGAUGGUUGUGUUGUGUGUCAUAGUCCUGCAUGGGUGAAGGACAUCCAAAUCAACAGGCAGCUCAGCAGUAUCAUACAGCUCUUCUCUGGUUUGGAGUCCCUGCUCAAUCCCAUAGAACAACAAGACUCUACUCCAGCUGAGAUUCAAGCACAAUCUGAGAGCAAUGCUGCCCUCAAACACAAGAAGAACUUCAAGAUUUGGUUCAGCCCCCGAAGCCGCAAGGUGCGUUGCGUGGUGGAGAAGCCUACAGAGGUCACCAUACCGCAGAGCAAGUCUUGUGGAGAAACAGCUGUAACACAGCCUGCCACCAUUACUGCUCAGCAUCGGGACCUGUCAGUUUUCAAUUUCUCCUCGUCCUCCCAAGACUCUGCCUCUUCUUGCUCUCAAACAUGCACAAAUGAAAAUAGGAAUAUCAAGAAGAGAUCCACUAGGAAAAAUGCCCCUACCAGGAAGGUGCAAGGAGGCACAAGGGCCACACGUAAACAAACCAAGGAGACGAUAAAGAAGAACAGGCUGGAGGCCAUAAACCAGCAGUGGGGGAUCACACAGGAGGUAGAUGCCUUACAGGAAAAGGAGCAGCCCUGUGCUGAAGGGGCAAGGAGGUCCAGUAAGAGGGUUUCAUUCUUAAGCCCUGCUGUCACAUCUGACAAGCCUCAGCCUGAAGGGCCACAGGGGAGUACUAAUGAACUCAGCCCUGGCAGGAGCACCAUUGGGGAAAGUCUCUCAGGAGGCAGCACUGUACUGAGCGACAGAGCCCAGCCUGGUCAGAGCACAUCAGACAGUGUCUUGCACCAUGACAAACAGUCUACAGUUGAACUCAACCCAUCUGACAGUCCUGAAAAACAGGACAAUGUAUCAUCCCUUAAACUUUCCUCAAAAAGAUCCAAAGUGGAGGAGAAGGUCUCUACUUUGGAGUUGACCCCAAAAAGGCCCAGAGCUUCCCCAGGCAGGAGGAGAAAAUCGCAGAUGUCCCCAACUGUCCUUAACCCUCCAUCCCUGACGAGCCCCAGGUGUGAUACGAGUAUCAUAAGGACACAGACAGACAGCCCCUCUGCCCGAGCCGGUGUUGGGAGAAAAUCCCCCUGUACUCCCAGUGCAUCCGUUGGACGGCCCACCUCUGGCAGCCCUGCAGUAAUGAAGAGGAAUCACAAGGGAGAGUCACUGCUCCAUAUAGCUGCGAUAAAGGGAGACGUAGAGGCUGUCAAGGAACUCCUGGACCAGGAGGCUGACCCCAACCUGAAGGACAAUGCUGGGUGGACACCUCUGCAUGAAGCCUGUAACCUUGGUCACCUGGCUGUUGUGGAGGUGUUGGUCUCAAGGGGAGCUCUGUUGAAUACGCCUGGCUAUGAAAAUGACUCUCCACUCCAUGAUGCUGUGAGAAACGGUCAUCCAGCCAUUGUCAAACUGCUGCUGCGGCUCGGAGCCUCGCAGAACGUACUUAAUCUGCAUGGAAAGCGGCCCGCAGAUUACGCAGUCAGUCUGGAGAUGCUGGAGAUUUUCCAGGAAGCCUCAGAAGGAACCCAGUAUGCUAAUACACCUCUUAGCCCCUCAGCCAGUCUCUCUGCGGUGCGCAACCAUGUGAGGAAGGAUGAAAUGCUGGUGUUUCUUGCUAGCAAGCUGUCACAGCCAGAGCAGCAUCAGCUGGCCAAACUUGGAGAACUACUGGGAGGGAGGAUGGCAGACACCUUUUCUGGCUCAGUGAGCCACGUUGUGCUGCCAGAAGGACCCAUGCCCACCACCUACUCCACUCUCCUGGGUCUUCUUGCUGGCUGCUGGGUUGUCAAAUACAGCUGGGUGCAGGCAUGUCUGCAGGCAGGCAAGUGGAUGCCCGAAAUCGAGCAUGAAGCAGGAGAAGGCCCCCAGCGCAGUCGCAUCAACAGAUGUAGCUUGCUCCCACCAUUGUUCGAUGGCUGUUUCUUCUUCCUCCUCGGAUCUUUCAAAUCGCCUUCCAAAGAUGAGCUCACCAAGCUGCUCCGGGAGGGAGGAGGUCAACUCCUGAGCCGGCAGCCCAAGCCAGAUAGCGAUGUGACUCAGACCCUGACUGCGGCUGCCUACCACGCCCUGCCAGGCUCUGACCAGGCCACCUGCACCCAGUACAUCAUCUUUGACCCCCAAGGCCCCCAUAGGCCGGCAGUAUUGAGACGAGGAAAGGUGUGGUCAGCUCCCUCCGCCUGGAUCAUUGACUGCAUCAAAGCCUUCUGCCUCCUCCCUGUGCCGAACCCUCAAUUGCUGGUAUAAACAAAUUUUUAGACACUCUGUAAUAAUUUUGCAGUGAAAUAUCAUAUAUUUUCUUUGAGCACGAUCAUAAUGUAAUUUUAGUUUGUUUAAUUUUUUUUUUCUUACAAACCACGUAACACAAAAAUGAUACAAUAAUGUCACUAUUCACAUCUGAAAUUAAAGUUGUUAUCUACACGA